CGCUGCUGGGUUAAAGCAAAAAUUAAAGGCUAAGAGGAGUGCGAUGAAGAGGUGCGGUUGAAUCUCAUCCAUCGCCGUGUUUUUCCUGGAAAGCCGUGCCGCCAGUUGCAGCCCUUUACAAGGCCAAGGGCUCGCUCCCCCGCCGGGGCUGUGGGAUGGGGAAACGCCAGCGGCAGCUCCUCACCCGCAGCUUUUUCUCUGCCAGACGUUUUCCACCGUGGGAUGGGGGGGAUGCAGGUGGGCUGAGGAGCCCGGCGAGCCCUCUCCUCCCGGUUGCCUGCCCGGAGGCAGCGUGAGCCCAGCCAGGCGCCGGGGUGGAGACGCGAGUCCCUCGCUGCUCCUUGUUGGCCGGGUCUGUCUGUCCUGCCGGUUCUUUUCUGAAGACCUGAUUUAGGUUGGUUUGGUGGGAGUCGUUCCCCCCCUCCCUACACCCCAGCUACAGGCAAAUCUUCUGAAGCCAACAACUCCUGCUGCUGUGCCAAAAAUCCUCCCGCUCCCCGGCGCGUGGGGAGGGCACAGACCGACUGUGCUCCCUCAGCCAACAGACAAGGAAAGGAUCCGGCUGUAAGCACCCAAAAUGGGACAAGGGGGGGAGCUGCGACCCCGCAGCUCGGCUUGCUGAGGCUUGCUUGGCAUCCUGUGGUACCAUCCCGCUCCCAGGCUCGUGGCCAUCACCCCAGUUAGCCGCUGGUCAGUCCCUUGGUUUCCAGCCCGUGCAGAAGGGGAUGUAAAGAAAAGCUUUUGGAAAAGUCCUUGGAGAAACACAGCGGGUCUGCGGGGGGAAACCAGAUGGUUUCACUCCAGCGUCUCUGCAAAUGCAAGAGCUGAGGCCCCGGCCGUGCUGCUGGUCCUCCCGGGAGACACCGAGAUGUGGCGGCUUUCUGUGCCCUACAGCCUGUGCCCGGCUUUGGUACCACCGAUCCCCUGGUUUCCCCCGGGAUGGGGGGGCUCCUGCCCUGUAUCCCUCACUGGGGAUCGCGCCCCACUGCUGGUCCCAGCGCUGGAAACUUCUGCUGAGCUCUAGAAGCCGUGUGCUGCCAAACCAGGCGUCUCAGCUCCCUCUAGGGCCAAAAGAAAGGAAAAAGCACUUCCCAAAGUUCCUCCACCUGCUCCGAAAAAUCCUCAGCUGGAACCCGGCUGUGGAGGGUCCCGGCCUUCCCUGGGUCUGCAGGGAGAGGCUCGGGCAGAGACAGGGGUGUUAGGGUCUCCCACCUCUGGUGACACCCGUGGCCACCAACGGGGCCCUAGCUGCUUGUGGCCAAGCUCAGAGAUGCCAGAACCCUGUACCUAAAUAUUCCUGUUUCACCAAGAAACAGCUCAGAUGAAAGCCUCGGGUGGUGGGCAGAUAUUCACAGCCUCCAAGGGAGACAAAAAGCCCGAGCGGGGUCUUACCCCCCGCACCCAUCGAUCAUCCAGGAAAGCUGGGGGGUCCUCGCAGGCCGGCGUGGAGGACCCCAGCCCUCCCGGCGAGCAGAUGGGGGACGGUGACCACGAAGGAAAUAGCUGUUUUCUGGCAGACCCGGAGACCGGUGGCCGGCGGAGGGAAGAAGGGGCCUCUGCGCUCGCCCCUCGGGAGCUCCUCGCCAUGUGCGGUGGCUCCGUUCCCAGGCUGAGCUCUCAUUUCCUAACGGAAACAACCGCAUCUCCUUUCCCUUCGGGUCCCGCCGGAGCCGUCCGGCACCGCAGGCCGUGCUGCCGCUCCCCCCCGGCUCACUCCUGUGGGUGGGCUGUCCUCACCAGGGACAGACCCAUGGUUGUGAAGGAAGGAGAACCCCAAAGAAAAUAAAAAAAGCAAUAAAGGAGCUUCCUUGGGGCCUUUCUAGACUAACGGGGCUUAUAAUGUUUGUGCCAUGGCCUGUUUCACACUGUUUUUUUUCAUCCCUGUAAGGGAAACUGCAAGGGCUGGCUGUCUUGUAGUGACCCUAACGAGGGCAGCCAAAUGAACCUCCGAGCACCUCGUUAAGACUCUGCCAGGGCUGGCACGUGGCUAAUUGCAAAGACGAUGCCCAAGUAAAGCAACUGCAAGUGGGGUUGGAGAGCACUCGCCCAAGACUGGGAGGGGGGUGUGUGUCUCCUCCUCGGAGCAUCCCGAGGGACACACAUCCAAGCCCUUCCUCUUCCUUGGAGGGGGUGCCCACCUCGGGUUUGCCAAGCCUCGUUUCCCUGCCUCCCUCUCCCCUGGGCCAGGUGCAUGCGGGGUUUUUGCCAGCCUCUCUCCCCUCUGCUGGCAAAGCCGCCUCGUUGAGCAAGAGGGGCCUGACGAGAUUUCCGCGAACAAACUUCCUGCGGGGAGCAAAGGGCAGCAGGACCGCGUCCCUGCCCGACCACCACCACCCGGGGAAGAUUCGGACAGCAAAGGGUUCGCUAACGGCGGCCGCGGGGGAGGAGGAAGAAGGCAAGCCCAAGCUGAAGGAGGCGAUGGCAGCCACCACGGUGACCGACUCCGGGGGCAUGAGGAUCGUCACGGAGGUCAUCCCGGCCACAGACCCUCGAGCGGCCCAGCUGGCCCCGGGCUCCAGGCCGCCCGCACCCGCCACGGUGUCAUUUCAAGUCCGAAGCUUCCGAAGGGCUCAGCCCAAGGCGCUAGGGACCAUCCACAUCUUCACCGGGAUCAUCCACAUUUGCUUUGGGAUCAUCCUGACAGCCUCAGAGCACAGGAACCCCUCCCUUCCUGUGGCCAGUGGGAUCCUCUUCUGGCUCGGGCUCCUGCUCCUGGUCUCAGGCUCUCUGCUGGUGGAAACUGAAAAAAGAGAUAAUAUCCUGCUGGUGAAGACCUGCUGCGUCCUCAACGCGGGCGUCAUACUGAGCACGCUGGUAGCCACGCUGGUCCACACCACAGCCAUCGUCCGUGACAGCCCCGGCUGCGAGGCCAAGGCACCGUUCCUGCUGAAAGCCGACUGGUGCUCCAGCCCCGAGACCAAGAUGCUGAGCGACGGGCUGGAUUCCAUCUUCGUCCUCUUCAGCCUCCUGGAGUUCUGUGCGGCGGUGGCAGCCCUGGCCUUCGGCUACGCUGCCGUCAAGCAGCACGACUACAGGCGCAUGGUGAGGGCGGCUGAGCCAGUGGCAGGGCUGCUAGACACCUGGCAUGGAGCUGGGGGGGGGGGGGGGUGUCUCUCCGUCACCCCAAAAGCAGAAUUUCCCCCCCUUUUUUUCCUCUCCCAGGCGCUGUAGCGGCGGCCAAACCCGAUGAGAAGCCACCGUGCACCCUAGCCCCAGCGCACGCUGGGCGCCCAGUAAAAGCCUCCUCUCCCCACAGCUGAGGCCACGCAUCUCUCCGGGGUUCGCUCAGAGGGCGGGGGGGGGGGUGUUUAUCACCGGUUUGGGGCGGGGGGGGAAAGCACCGGGCACAAGCCGCCGCGACGACACGAUGAUGGGCACCGCCAACG